CCCGUACCAGCAGCGUGACGGACGCAACGCCUUGAAAAGGAAUCCCCCCACCCGGGGAGGUUCUAUGCUACGGGUUCCUGAAUAUCUCUGUGCAAUUUUAUUGUUCGCCUUCUACACAUAAUCAACCCAUUCUAUCAUUUUUUUCUCGCAUUUUUCUUCCAUUUCAAACCAUUUCUACUUUUUAAGCCGUAAAAAGGGAUCCACAAACGAUGGCGACGAACCCGCCGCCAGGCGGCGGCAAGGGAAAUAUGAAAGGAGGCACUACCGACGAUGAUGUCAGCACCAAUGCAGAUUCCCGGCCCGUGCGAAAUCCGAAGCCGAACCUCGGCCGAGAAAUCGCGAACAGUAUUCGCGACUCCGCGGCAAUGGUGGCAGAAGGAGUGGAGGCAGGAUAUGGUAUGAAAGACAAAAAAAAUUCUAUGAUGUAUUUUUUUGUAUGUAGUAGCUGAUGCGCAUUACUCGCGGGCAAGCGUCCGGCGCCUGUUUUCUGUCCUGAGGUAUUUGGAGGAGCUGAAAGUUUUUGUGUUGAUUAAAGUCGACCUAUUUAUCAUUUCAAAACAGGUGCCGUUGCCGGGGGCGACAGCAAGCAAACGGGUGGCUUUGACAGCGACGCGAGCCGUGGCGGAGGUGCCAUGACAAGUGACUACCACCUGCCUGGACAUCCCCGCGCAGACAUGUCAGACUCAAGUUCCGACUUCGGACCACCAGCAAACGCCGACACGCAGCGACCCAGCAUGAUGCAAAACUGCUGGAGAGUUAUGGUCUUCAUUUGCGUCGUGGUAAGUUGAUUUUUUUUUUCGGUUUGGUGUGUUCGUGCUACGUGGACAACCUCACGAAUCAAUCUCGGUUAAUGUAGAAGUAACAGUUGAAAGCGCUGACGGAAUGAUUACCUCGUGUUAAGACGUUGCCAAAAAAAGAGUAAAACCAAGAAACUCUAAAGCGAUUUGUUCUUUUCAAAGUGCACUAUACACAUAUCAACGCACAGAUCGUUCUCCUGGCACCCUGCGUGUGCAUCGGUACCGGUGUCUUCUGCCUGGCGUGCCGCAACGAGGACGAGCCGGAAGGGAAGGUUGGCUACGACUGCAACCGGGGCCGACCCGUGAUGACCGUGUUCGGUUUUGUCUUGGUGGCGCUGGGUUUCGUACUGAUCACCACGUACUGCUUCGUCUGUUGCUGCCGCCGGCAGCACGACUCCUACCUAGUGGAGCAGGACGAGGACGAAUACGAGGAGGAGAAACGAGUCUUGGGCAGCAGCAGGCCGUAAAAACAGGUCAUCUACUUGCAUCUUCGUCGUUGAGGGGGAUCUGACGAAGUGCUGCGUAUUCUGCAGAAAAAAAGAUGCGAUUCGUUUUCGAUAAAAAUUCGAGACUACUUUUUACGCACCGGACUUUUUGUACUUCCUUGAUGCCUUAUCAUUUUCCACGAGCAGUGCUGGCGUUCUUGGCAGCGUUAUGUGGCUGAUGUAUUUUGGCAGAAGCGAGGAGGCUAGGUAGUAGUUUUAUCGAACAGCAGACAUCGUGCAUCGUAGGGAAAUUAGCGUAUUUCCAAAAUUCGAGACCUUCGAUAUCUUCGCCUCCGGGGAUUCGCCAUUGCAACUGAGUAUCCUUAUUGCGGCAAAAAAUUGGUAGAUUGGAUGUAUCAGUAUUUUUGUUUAUUUGUGACGUAGACUAGUCUGUACCUUAUGUACCGUUUCGUAUGAUUCAUGUCUGUAACUUUUUUGUGCGCGAAGAUCACGUCUACGGAAGUCAUUUGGAAAUUAAGCUUUUUUUUUGUCCAUAAAACGCCAGAUCACAGUCUGUAAUUCAUUUUUGUUUACUUUCCGCAAGCGCUGUGCGCGAGAAAUAGACGAGACGCAUCCGGGCUUUCUGGAACAUUGCAACGUGGAAUCGUUCUGUCCGCGCUCUCUGUAGAUUUAGGGUUUUUUUAAUACGAAGUUGAGGCCAGCAGCGUUCGCCAAACGUUGUCUC